GAUCGGGAACGCCGGGAAUUCGCACGCACAGCCCCGAGGAGGAGCCCAGCUGGGGAAACCCUCCCCGCCCUCAGUGUCCUACAUCUUCCACAGGGGGAACAGCAGCGCCGCUGGAUUUACGCGGAUUUAUUUCAAUUUUUUAUUUAUUUAAUUUUUUUUCCUCUCCCCUUUUCUCUUCCCACGCAGUAAAUCCCAGCCCUGGCUGCUCCCGGCGCCGCUUGCAGCCCGGCGGGGAGUGGGAGGAAGGGGAUGCUCGGAGGGUUUGGGAGAAUCCGGAGCAUUUCCAGCCAUGAGCUGCUCGGUCUCUGCGCGAGCUGCUGAGGCGGCUCCGGAGCCGCGGGAUUGAUGGAGAGGCGCUGAAAGGUGGCGGUGACACAGGGGACAGGCGACAGUGGCGCUCUGGGGGUGGCACAGGGGACAGCACCAACCCCACCAUGGAGCUGCCCAGCACCAAGGACUUCCAGUGGAAGUCCCUGGCGCCGCUGCCCAGCCGCAGGGUUUACUCCACGCUGGUGGAGGCGGGCGGGCAGGUGUUCGCCGUGGGCGGCUGCGACGACAACGGCGUCGCCGUGGACUCCUUCGAGGUCUACUCGCCCGAGGCCGACCAGUGGGCAGCGCUGCCCGCCAUGCCCACGGCCAGGGCCGGCGUGGCCGUCACCGUGCUGGGCAAGAGGAUCAUGGUGAUCGGCGGCGUGGGCGCCAACCAGCUGCCGCUGAAGGUGGUGGAGAUGUACAACACGGACGAGGGGCGCUGGAGGAAGCGCAGCUCGCUCCGCGAGGCGGCCAUGGGCAUCUCGGUGGCGGCCAAAGACUACAGGGUGUACGCAGCGGGCGGGAUGGGCUCGGACCUGCGGCCCCACAACUUCCUGCAGCACUAUGAUGUGCUCAAGGACAUCUGGGUGUCCCUGGCUGCCAUGCCCACCCCCCGCUACGCGGCCACGUCCAUCCUGAGGGGCUCCAAGAUCUACGUGCUGGGGGGAAGGCAAUCCAAGUACGCCGUCAACGCCUUCGAGGUUUUCGACACAGACACGCGCUCCUGGACCAGGUUCCCCAACAUUCCCACCAAGAGAGCCUUCUCCAGCUUCGUGCCCACCGAGGAGAAGCUCUUCAGCCUCGGGGGGCUGCGCCAGGGCCGGCUCUACCGCCAGCCCAAGUUCAUGAGGACUGUGGACGUCUUUGACCUGGAGCAAGGUGGCUGGAUGAAGAUGGAGCGCUCCUGCUACCUGAAGAAAAGGCGAGCAGACUUCGUGGCCGGCUACCUGCGAGGCAGAGUUGUGGUGGCUGGGGGCCUGGGGAAUCAGCCGAGCGUGCUGGAGUCGGCAGAGGCUUUCCACCCCGAGAAGAACAAGUGGGAGAGCCUCCCCCCCAUGCCCACCCCGCGCUGCGCCUGCUCCAGCAUCGUGCUGAGGGACUGCCUGCUGGCCGUGGGGGGCGUCAGCCAGGGGCUCAGCACGGCCGUGGAGGCCCUGUGCCUGUCUGACUCCUGAUCUGAGCACAUCUGGAGGAGAAACACACCUGGAGCAGGGCCCUGUGCCUGUCUGACUCCUGAUUGGAACACACCUGAAUGGGGAUCCCACCUGGAAUGGGGCCCUGUGCCUGUCUGACUCCUGAUCUGAGCACAUCUUAGGGGGGAAUCUCACCUUGGACAGGUCCCUGUGCCUCUCUGACUCCUGAUUGGAAUCUACCUGAAUGGGGAUCCCACCUGGAACAGGGCCCUGUGCCUCUCUGACUCCUGAUCUGAGCACACCUGGAGGAGAAACACACCUGGAACAGGGCCCUGUGCCUGUCUGACUCCUGAUCUGAGCACAUCUUUGGGGGCAUCUCACCUUGGACAGGGCCCUGUGCCUGUCUGACUCCUGAUUGGAACACACCUGAGGGGGGAUCUCACCUUGGACAGGUCCCUGUGCCUCUCUGACUCCUGAUUGGAACACACCUGAAUGGGGAUCCCACCUGGAACGGGUCCCUGUGCCUCUCUGACUCCUGAUCUGAUCCCACCUGGAACAGGUCCCUGUGCCUGUCUGAUUCGUGAUUGGAACACACCUGAAUGAGAAUCCCACCUGGACAGGUCCCUGUGCCUGUCUGACUCCCGAUUGGAAUCUAUCCCUGUUUUUGGCACUCCGGGUGCCAGAGAUGUGCCCCGAGCCCAGUUCGGGUGGGUUGGGCGCUCCUGGCUGUGCCUGCAGGGCGGGUUUGAGGAUUUCAGCGGGUUUGGGGCGGUUUGGUUUGGGCUCCUCCCGGAGCUGCGAACAGCAGAUGGCAUCCUUGAGGAUCUCAGCCGUUCGGGAUGAUUUCGUUUGGGCCGGGUGAGCCCCAGGUCUCUCCCCAGAGCUGUGAACAGCAGAUGGCAUCCCUGGGCCGAGCUGUGGCUGCAGCAGCACCUCCCGCUGUCCCGGGCUGCCCUGCCCGGCUGGUGCUGGACCAGGGCGGCUCUAAAAUCCCAUUCCAGGUGCUGCAAGACCCAACAAAUAACUUGGAUGCUGCGGGUCUCCUCCAGUAUUUUAUUCCUGUGGAAAGACACCCCCGAGGAGCCCAAACACCUUCCAGGAGCUGGGACAGGGCUGGAUUUGGGUGCAGGAGCUGGCACAGGGCUGGAUUUGGGUGCGGGAGCUGGGACAGGGCUGGGUUUGGGUCCAGAAGUUGGGACAGGGCUGGAUUUGGGUCCAGGAGUUGGGAUAGGGCUGGGUUUGGGUCCAGGAGCUGGGACAGGGCUGGGUUUGGGUCCAGGAGCUGGGACAGGGCUGGGUUUGGGUCCAGGAGCUGGGACAGGGCUGGGUUUGGGUCCAGGAGUUGGGAUAGGGCUGGGUUUGGGUCCAGGAGCUGGGACAGGGCUGGGUUUGGGUCCAGGAGCUGGGACAGGGCUGGAUUUGGGUCCAGGAGAUGGGACAGGGCUGGGUUUGGGUCCAGGAGAUGGGACAGGGCUGGAUUUGGGUCCAAGAGUUGGGACAGGGCUGGAUUUGGGUCCAGGAGAUGGGACAGGGCUGGGUUUGGGUCCAGGAGCUGGGACAGGGCUGAGUUUGCGUCCAGGAGUUGGGACAGGGCUGGGUUUGGGUCCAGGAGCUGGGACAGGGCUGAGUUUGGGUCCAGGAGUUGGGACAGGGCUGGGUUUGGGUGCGGGAGCUGGGACAGGGCUGGGUUUGGGUCCAGGAGCUGGGACAGGGCUGAGUUUGGGUCCAGGAGUUGGGACAGGGCUGGGUUUGGGUCCAGGAGCUGGGACAGGGCUGAGUUUGCGUCCAGGAGCUGGGACAGGGCUAGAUUUGGGUGCAGGAGAUGGGACAGGGCUGGGUUUGGGUCCGGGAGCUGGGACAGGGCUGCAUUUAGGUUUGAAGAGUCCCUGAUGCUGGUACCCAGGAAUUCUCUCGGGGCUGGGUCCUGCUGCAGCUCUGCUGUGAAUCCCUUGGGAUGAGAGGGUCCCAGAGCUCCUUUCCCUGGAUAAAUGUUUGGUUUGGCACCAGCCUGGCCCUGUGGGGCUGCAGGAAACCCUGGGCUGGCCCCUCUGUCCCCAGGACCCUCCAUGCGCCCUCAUUUAUCCCAACCCAGCCGAGCAUUUGGAGUUUUCCAGCGACAAAAAAAUCCCGGCCGUGUCCUCGGCUGAACUCCCCACACUCGGAGUUCUGAGAGGAUUUUCAGCCCCGGUGGCUGCUCCAGCACAGAGGCUGAGGGCUGAGCUGGCCCCGCUGCCAAAAAUCCUCAUUUAUCGUCCCCGAGCAGACUCUGUCAGCACAAACAGGAAACUUCCUCAAGGAGCCGCUUCCAAAGGAUGGGGUGGAGCAGAAACGAUUCCUGCACCUUGCCAUGGGCCCAGGACACGCUGCUGGGCUGGCCCUGGCUGGUGGGGACAGUAUUUUUGGGGUUCGUGCUGCUUUUUGGGGUCAGUGCUUCUUUUUGGGGUCAGUUUGUGGUGGGAGUUCCCAAAAGGAGCCCCAGGUGGGGUUGUGUGAGCGCUGCUCCAGCUGCAGCUGGGAAUUCUGCUCUGGAGAGCUGGGAAUUGAGCUCUGGGAUCAACUUCAACUUCCUGAAGGGUGGCUGUGGUGAGCUGGGGGUCGGCCUCUUUCUCCGGGUGACAACAGCCAGAACAAGAGGACCCAGUCUCAAGCUGCGCCAAGGGAGAUGCAAGUUAGAAUUAAGAAGGAAAUAUUUCACAGAAAGAGUGGUCACAUACUGGAAUCAUCUACCCAGUGAGGUGGUGGAGUCAUCAUCCCUCGAGGAGCUCAAAAAAAGACUGGAUGUGGCACUUGCUGCCAUGAUCUAGUUGAACAGUUAGAACAUGGGCUGGACUUGAUGAUCUUAUAGGUCUCUUCCAGUCUUGAACUUCUGUGAUUCUGUGAUUCUGUCACUGCCAUCCUCGUCCCUGGGAUGUCCCCAGCCCUGUGGGGCCACCAGCAGUGAGGUCACCCCCAGCUGUUCCCAUUCCUGGGGAAUCUGCCGGUGCCGGAGCGGAUGUGGAGUCACCAUCCUGAGAGACAGAGGCUUCCUGAUUGGAAAAUAAAAGCUCCAGAUUUUUUUGUGGGC